UUUUCAUUUGCUUUCCAGCUCGAUACACGAUUUGUGAGGGACGGAGAGUCGAAAUUGAUUCAUUUGGAGUCCCGAGGGAGUAUAUGUACACCGUGUGUCCUAGUCAUCUUCGAUAUUGCUGUCGAAGUGAGCUCUAUGAAGGCGAAAGAUGCUGUGCAGGGCGAUCUUAGUACUGAAAGCAUAAUUCUAUACAUUUUCACCUUACAGGGCGAGCACAUAAAUGUACAGCGCUUUGAUUCACAUGACCGGCUCAUAAAAUGUUACAGCUACUCUCAACCACGAGGUACGAUAAUUGGUUCUCUCUUCGGAACUCUUCUGAUGAUAUUGGGCAUUGGAUUAUUGGCCUACUUCUGUUGCCUUCGGCGUCGUCGUAAGCAGUCAUCACCCAUGCCAGAUGAGGUAUUCAGCGUGCCAUCGCAACCGCCUCCACCACCGAAUUUUGUCACUGUGGGGGGCUAUGCGCCUGCAUUGGAUCCGAAUGUGCCCACUUAUCCGGUGCCAGUUUCCAAAUCUAAUGCAUACCCACUGUUUGCAACGGGUCCUUCUGCUUGA